AUGUCGUGGCUGGCCCAGGCGGCGGCCAAGGCCGAGGCCAGGCUCACCGAGGCGCUCAAUAAGGUCGACUCCGCCGCGGCGCCCGCGCUGGAGAAGGCCAAAGAUCGGCUCGAGGAGACCAAAGCGCAGAUCGCGGAGAAGGCGAGCGAGCUCGGGCUUGGCGCGGGGGGCGAUCCGCAGCAGCCGCGGCGGCAGGUACCGAGGCCUCGAGGGGAAGCUUCGGGCGCCGGAGGCGCGAACGCGAUCGAGGUCGCACCGUCGGUUCCCGCCGAGUCGAAAGCCUCGAGCGAUGCGCCGACCGGGACGGUCGGGGACGACGCGGGUCGAGUCGACGCCGACCCAGAAAUCGUCCCACAAAUCGUCCAACCUCCGACCGCCCCAACGCCCGCGUCCGCUGAGCCCACAAAGAAGAAGACGCAGCUGGAGCUGCUGAGGGAGAGGAGACUGGCGCGCGAGGCGGCGGCGGCGAACGCCAAGGGAAUCGUCGCGGGACUCGUUCCGGAACCCCCGACGGAAGGGACUCGAACCGGACCCGCCGAGCGGAUCCCGCGAGCCGAGUCCGACCCAUCCGCCCCGGCGCCGCCGCCCGCGACACACCCGCCGGACCCCGCCGAAGAUACCGCGAAAGAUACCGCCGGGGACUCGAAACGACCGGAACCGGAACCUCCCGCGUCACGACGGACGACGAACCAACGCGUGAACGAGGGAACACCCGCGUUCGCCGCCGCGCGAGAGAGGGCGGAUGCGGAUGCGGAGCUCGAGCGACGGGUCAAGCGAGUCGCGCUGCUCGCGCACGCCAGGGCGCUUCGAACGCGACGUGCCGAGGAGACGCGAGACGCGGAGGACCGCGCCGAUCGCGCGAUCGCCGCGCGCGAGCAGCGCGCCGCGUCCUCGGCGCGCGCGCUGGAGGCGUUAGCGGCGAGGGCGGCGAAGGCGGCGGCGGCGUUGGAGGAUGAGCGCGUCGCGCACAAGCUGACGCGGGAGGACGCGGAGGAGCGCGUCGCGGAGGUGGCACAGGAGGGCGGGACGCGCGCGAGGGCACUCGCGACGGAGCAGCGACGCCUGGCGGAGGUCACCGCGAGGAGGGACGACGCGGCGGACGAGUUUGAACGAUUGGAUCGAAACGCGCGGGAACUUCGCCGGCGGAUCGUCGCGGCGAACCGGCGCAGGGAACGCGCGGAGGGGGUUCUCGCCGAGAGAAAGAAACGGUCGAACGUAACGGGCGGUGCGGGGACGGGAACCGGCGCGUCGGACGCCGAGGCGGAGGCGGCGGCGCUGCAGGAAUCCCUCCGCCGGCUUCGCGACGCCAACGACGCGGCGGCGGGUCGAAUAGCGUCUUCCGCCGACGUUUCCUCCUCGGGGGUUCCGGACGUUUCCGCGGAGGAUGCGACCGACCAGCUCCGCCUCGACGUCGCGUUCAGGACCGCGACGGAGGCGCUCAUCGCCGAGCAGACCCGCGCGGAGGCGCUCGCGGCGUCGCGCAGCGCGCUCGUGUUCCGCCUGGAGACGGCGCGACGAAACGCCGACGAAAAUAACGGACGCUUCGCGGAUGAGGAGGCGGGCGCGGUGGAGUCCGCCGCCGCCGGGUACCGGUACGGGUCGGCGGGCGUAGACGACGACGACGACGACGACGUUCUCAUCGCGGGUCUCGCCGAGACUGGACGGUACGCGCCCAAGCAGCUCGCGUACGACAUCGCCGCGAAGGCGUUGGGCGGGGGCGACCGCGCUCGGCGGGUGUCCAACUUGGCGGGGGCGGUUGACGCGCUCGCGCUGGAGGGUCUCCGCGCGGUGAGCAGGCACGGGGGCGCACGGGCGGCGGCGGUGGCGUACACGUGCGUGUUGCAUCUGUACAUGUUCGCGCUGGUGUUCUUCGGCGGGUCGGGGCCGAGGGCGACGAGCACGGCGACGAUGACGGCAGAGAGCCUUUACCCAAAGCCGUAA